UUCAGAGUUUAAAGGAAGAACAAGAUGAAGUGCAAUUCUUUCCCUUUUAUUCCUCAAAGAGCAUCAAUUUUUCUUCAAUCCCUCGUGCUUUUCCUGUUUGUAAUGAAUUUUCCUUCAGUCAUAUGUACCUACUUAUGGCACACCUGCGAUAAUUCCUCAACUUUCAGAAAGGGCAGCACCUAUCCCACAAACUUGAAUCUAGUUAUCAAUGAUCUGUUUCGUAAUGCACCUAAAAGUUCUGGAUUUAACACCUCUUCCCAUGGCCAAUCUCCCAAUAAAGUCUAUGGUCUGGUGCAGUGUACCGGAAAUAUAUCACCUCUGAAAUGCUCAAAAUGUGUGGUGGAAGCGAACAGCAGUAUUCAAGAAGGUUGUGCCAACGACAUAGGUGGGCGAAUAUGGUUGGGUGACUGCUUCCUCCGCUAUCAGAGCUCUAAUUUCAUUUCAACACUAGAUACUAAUGGACCUAUCUUGGUGAACGUGAAUAGUAUAACCGGAGAGGUUUUCAAGUCCACAACCGGUAGGCUUCUGUCGAAUCUGUCGAACAAAGCUUACAUCCCUGCAAAUAAGGGAUUCGCUGCUGGAUCAGCCAAUUAUUCUGCUUCAGGAAUGUUAUACGGUUCAGUUCAAUGUUGGAGAGAUAUAUCAACGAAAGAUUGCAGAAAAUGCUUGGAUGCAGCAACAACAACGCUGAACGAAUGUUGUUCUACGAAUCAAGGAGCCCAGUUUCUGGGCGGGAGCUGUAAGGUAAGAUAUGAGACAUACUCAUUUUUUUGACUCUGCUAAGUCGCCCUCUCCAUCCCCUGAUCCACUUCAAAUACUUCCACAACUGUACCGCCUCCUGCGAUAGGCUCCUCUAGCCCAAUACAGUUAAUGAAACUUCUUCGAUGACAUCAAAAAGCAUGAGUCACUUCUCUGUCUUUCUUUUGGCGGGCUUUUGGGU